AUGGCCAUUACCAACACUAUCCACAUCGAGGCCCAUGUGGGCAGCGUUGAUGGCAUCAGUGUCAUCUGGAGCCCGAAUUCAGCCUACAACCUCUCAUCAAACGACAAUGACUACAAUGUGAGACGGAGUGUAUUUGGAGAGUUCCACAGAGAAUAUGGGUGGGAGUGCACCUACCCAAAAGCAACAGGACGACGGCCCUCUGCACUCUCAACAAAGGUCCGAAUACAACUUGAAGUAGUUGGGGCAUUUGAGGUACAGUUGCUGCCGUCACCACACCCACUACCUUUUGCUGAUGCCCUGCAUUCCUCUUCUAGUUAUACCAACUCUGUCACUUUCCGCAACCUUUACAGGUGGGAUUCCGCUUCGGAGAUCGGAACGCGCACUAGUUGCCUCGCCUAA